UUCGGCCUCUCUCCCUCUCUGCUUCCCUCCCUCCCUCACUCUCUCUUGCCAAAACCAUCACCGCCCUCCUCCUCUCGUCGUCGUCGGAGCUCCCUCGCCGCCCCCUCCCUCUCUCGUCACCAAAACCAGCGCUGCCCUCCCUCCCUCCCUCUCUCUCUCUCUUGCUCUGUAUUCUCAACUCAAGGACGAGAUCUCGUUCAAAGGGAUAGUUUGCAAUGACCCAUCAAGCACUUUUGGCCACAGUUACAGCUCAGGCACAGAUGCAACUUCAAGCAGCACGUCCUUCCUCAUCAGAAGCAUUGCCCGGUCCUUCACCAGAACCUGCAUCCAUCAACCUAGCGCCACUACAACAAAGGCCUUCACCAGUAUCUGAAGACAACAUCUCUACCCCAGAGCCAAUGCAACCUCCUCCAUCUGACCAUAAAUCUGAGGCUCAGUCCACUCAAAUUGUUGUGAAGACUAGCUCUAGUGAUGGAUAUAACUGGCGAAAGUAUGGUCAGAAGCAGGUUCAAAGUAGUGAUAGAUCACGAAGCUACUAUAAAUGUACCAAUGUGACCUGUUUUUCUAAGAAGAAGGUCAAGCGUUGCCCAGAUGGUCAAGAGACCAAAAUAAUUUACAGAGGUUAGCACAUUCAUGACCCACCUCAAAAGACAACUAAGUCCUUCAAAGAGAAAGGGGUUCAGUCUGGUGGGUCUUCUGGGGAGCAUAAAACCUCAGAUCUUCCAUGUAGCGAAGUUAAAGGACCAGAUCCUUCAACAUCAAAGAUGGAAAAAAAUUCUAGCAAUGAAACCACGGAACAACACUUGUUCUGCUCUAGUGAUUGUGAAGGGGAUGCUGCAAUUAAGAUGGACGAGGAGCAUGCUGAUGAACCAGAUGCAAAAAGAAGGCUCAUCGAGACACAGAGCUAUAUGCCUUGCUCAGCACCGGUCCUUAGAACGAUUAAGGAACCCAAGAUUGUUGUGCAGCGUUCAUGUGAUGCAACGCGUAUAAGUGAUGGCUACAGGUGGCACAAGUAUGGACAGAAAUUUGUCAAAGGAAAUCCUAAUACCAGUGAUCGAAGAAUCAGGUGGCUCCUCAAGUGCCUUGAAGGAGUAUUUGGGUACCCACAAGACAUUAGUGGAUCCAAAUGGUGACACAUACUCGUGUAUAUAUCCUGACACCCAAACUCAAGAGUAUUGCGUAAGUGUUUAUUUUUCAACGAAUUCAAACGAUUUACCCUUACAACCUCAAUAUGGAACGACUUACCCAACUAGUACGUAUGCAAAAAAAAAAAAAAACUUAAUAUUAUCUCAUUCCCUUACAACCUCAAUAUUUAUAAAGUAUGUCUCUUUCGUAUCAAUAUAUACAGAUUCAUGCGAAGUAGUGUUAUUGAGGGGCUUAUCUAAGAAUAAAUGCAUAUAGUAGAUAUAUCAUUACUUUCCAGUGAGUGAAUGAAUGAAAUAGCUGAACAUCAUUCUCUCAAUUACAAAUAACAUAAACAAAACUCGAAUUACAAUUAUCCCCUUUUUGUACUUAUCUGGAAUUGAGUUAUUGUAUAUAACUGAGUGAAUAGAAGCUUGAAUCAUCUUUUAAUACACAAAAUUAUGCCAAGUGAUACUGUAUUGUAUUUUUGCAUCUAUUGCCAUGAAUGAAUACACAGUCUAUUUGAACAUUUUCUUACUGAGUGCUGACUUCCAACUCUGGAAUGAAUUAUUCAUGCUUAGUUAGCCGCAUUCAUGUCAUAAAUGGUUCAACACUACAAAUGCAUGUCAUAAAUUAUUCUUACAACAAAAGGCUUGUUUAUUAAGCUUAAGUUUUCAUGUUUGGAUAUACUUAGUGUGAAUUUGAUUUAUUAUAUGUAUUAUUUUACAGAUUGAUUCUCAGACCACUCGUCCACCACCUGUUGUUCCUGCUACUACUCCACCGACUUUAGCUCAUUCUCCGAAUACUCAAGGUUCUAUAUCUGCUGCUUAAUGUUCUCCUCAGGAUAUUUCGACACAAAGCCCUCUUGCUAGUCGAUUAGGAGGCGUGCUGGGGAGCAUACACAGGAGGGCUAUAGCGAGGAGGACAUCCGCAAAGUUUUUGCUGAUUAUAUUCGAUUAAAUCAGCCGUGACUUGUACUUUUAAUUAACAUACUUAAGACAUUUGUAUAUUUCAGAUAUCCUCUUGUUGUAUUUUGAUUCUUGUUAUAUAUUUGGGACUUGAGUAAUUUAUAACUUGUUGUGUUUUGAUUCUA